AUGACAUCAAUUGCUUCAUCAAACACUCAGGAUGGCAGAAUCAAUCAAAUGAGAAGAGACUCAACGGUACUUGGCCCCAUGAACAAAAUUCUUGUGGCAAACCGUGGUGAAAUCCCCAUUAGAAUCUUUCGUACCGCACACGAGCUCUCGAUGCAGACAGUUGCCAUCUACUCCCACGAGGACCGUUUAUCAAUGCACAGAUUGAAAGCAGACGAAUCGUAUGCAAUUGGCAAAAAAGGUCAAUUCACUCCCGUGGGUGCUUACUUGCAAAUCGACGAGAUUAUAGAUAUCGCCAAAAAACACAAUGUCAAUAUGAUCCACCCUGGUUAUGGGUUCCUCUCAGAGAAUAGUGAAUUCGCCAAGAAGGUGGAGCAAAAUGGUAUUGUUUGGAUCGGACCAAGUCACAAGACCAUCGAUGCCGUUGGUGACAAGGUCAGUGCAAGAACUUUGGCCAUUGAAAACGAUGUCCCCGUUGUUCCAGGAACUCCAGGCCCAAUCGACGAUGUUUCGGAUGCUCGCAAGUUUGUUGAAAAAUACGGAUACCCAGUGAUCAUCAAGGCCGCCUUUGGUGGUGGUGGAAGAGGUAUGAGAGUGGUGCGCGAAGGCGAUGACAUUGAAGAUGCCUUCAAGAGAGCCACCUCCGAAGCCAAGACUGCGUUUGGUAACGGUACUUGUUUUAUCGAGAGGUUUUUGGAUAAACCUAAACAUAUCGAAGUGCAACUCUUGGCCGACAAUUAUGGAAAUGUUAUCCACUUGUUUGAAAGAGAUUGCUCAGUGCAAAGAAGACAUCAAAAAGUUGUUGAAAUUGCCCCAGCCAAAAACUUGCCAAGAGAGGUUAGAGACGCAAUCUUGACCGAUGCAGUGAAAUUGGCCAAGAGUGCAAACUACAGAAACGCAGGUACUGCCGAGUUCCUUGUUGAUGAACAAAACAGACACUACUUUAUCGAAAUUAACCCAAGAAUUCAAGUUGAGCACACAAUCACCGAAGAAAUUACUGGUGUAGAUAUCGUUGCUGCACAAAUCCAAAUUGCCGCAGGUGCCUCUUUACAACAAUUGGGUCUCCUCCAGGACAAGAUCACAACCAGAGGCUUUGCAAUCCAAUGUAGAAUCACUACCGAGGACCCAGCCAAAAACUUCCAGCCAGAUACCGGUAAAAUCGAGGUUUACAGAUCAGCAGGUGGUAACGGUGUUCGUUUGGAUGGUGGUAAUGGAUUUGCCGGUUCUAUAAUCUCACCACAUUACGACUCAAUGUUGGUUAAAUGUUCUUGUUCAGGUUCAACAUUUGAAAUUGCUAGAAGAAAGAUGAUUCGUGCAUUGAUUGAGUUUAGAAUUAGAGGUGUUAAAACAAACAUUCCUUUCCUCUUGGCGCUUUUGACCAAUCAAACUUUUGUUGAAGGUGACUGUUGGACCACAUUCAUUGAUGAUACUCCAUCAUUGUUCCAAAUGAUUAGCUCACAAAACAGAGCAACCAAAUUGUUGUUGUACUUGGCCGAUCUUUAUGUCAAUGGUUCCUCGAUCAAGGGUCAAAUCGGAUACCCAAAGUUGGAUACCGAAGCCUUGAUUCCAGAAUUGCACGAACCAAGGACUGGUAUUGCAAUCGAUGUCAACCACACCCCACCACCAAGAGGUUGGAGACAAGUCUUGCUCGAAGAAGGACCAGCAAAAUUUGCUAAAAAGGUUAGAGAAUUCAAAGGUUGUUUAAUUACUGAUACCACAUGGAGAGAUGCACACCAAUCGUUACUUGCCACAAGAGUAAGGACUAUUGAUUUGCUCAACAUUGCACCAACAACUGCAUUUGCCCUUAAUGGUGCAUUCUCAUUAGAAUGUUGGGGUGGUGCUACUUUUGACGUUUGUAUGAGAUUCCUUUAUGAAGAUCCAUGGGUCAGAUUGAGACAAUUGAGAGCCUUGGUACCAAACAUUCCAUUCCAAAUGCUUUUGCGUGGUGCAAAUGGUGUCGCAUAUUCUUCUUUACCUGAUAAUGCCAUCGACCAGUUUGUCAAGGAGGCGAAGGAAAACGGUGUUGAUAUUUUCCGUGUUUUUGACGCAUUAAAUGACUUGGAACAAUUGAAAGUUGGUGUUGAUGCAGUUAAAAAGGCAGGCGGUGUCGUUGAAGCAACAGUUUGUUACUCAGGAGACAUGUUGAAACCUGGCAAGAAAUACAACCUCGAAUAUUACUUGAACUUUGUUGAUGAAGUUGUCAAGAUGGGUACUCAUUUCUUGGGUAUCAAGGAUAUGGCUGGUACAUUGAAACCAGCAGCUGCCAAAUUGUUGGUUGGUGAGAUUAGAAAGCGCCACCCUGACUUGCCUAUCCAUGUGCACACUCACGACUCAGCAGGUACUGGUGUCGCUUCAAUGACUGAGUGUGCCAAGGCAGGUGCCGAUGUUGUUGAUGCUGCUUCAAACUCGAUGUCAGGUAUGACUUCACAACCAUCAAUUAGUGCUAUUUUGGCAUCAUUUGAAGGUUCAAUUGAGUCGGGUCUCUCAGAGCAAUUGGUGAGAGAGCUCGAUGAAUACUGGGCGCAAAUGAGAUUGUUGUACAGUUGUUUUGAAGCUGAUUUGAAGGGACCAGACCCCGAAGUGUACUCGCACGAGAUUCCAGGUGGUCAAUUGACCAAUUUGCUUUUCCAAGCACAACAAUUGGGUCUCGGUACCAAGUGGCUCGAAACAAAGAAGGCUUAUAGAAUUGCUAACAAGAUUCUUGGAGAUUUGGUUAAAGUCACACCAACCUCCAAGGUUGUUGGUGAUUUAGCACAAUUUAUGGUGAGUAACAGUCUUACCGAGGAAGAUAUCAAUAGACUUGCUGGUGAAUUGGAUUUCCCAGACUCAGUCUACGAUUUCAUGGAAGGUUUAAUGGGUCAACCAUAUGGUGGAUUCCCUGAACCACUUCGUACCAACAUGUUGGGUAACAAGCGUCAAAAAUUGACCCAAAGACCCGGUUUGAGCUUACCACCAGUAAAAUUUGACGAGAUUAAACAAGAAUUGCAGUCACGUUAUGGCACUCAAGUAAGCGAGACUGAUAUUGCUUCAUAUGUCAUGUAUCCUAAAGUUUACGAAGCCUACCGUAAACAAGUUGAGAAAUAUGGUGAUUUGAGUGUUUUGCCAACACGUUACUUCCUCAAGCCUGCUAAUAUCGGACAAGAAAUUGUUGUUGACAUUGAACAAGGUAAGACCUUGAUCAUCAAAUUGCUUGCUGUUGGUGAGCUUUCGGAAAAGACAGGUUCAAGAGAAAUCUUUUUCGAGUUGAAUGGUGAAAUGAGAUCCGUCACUGUUGAAGACAAGACUGCCUCUGUUGAGACCAAAACCAGACCAAAGGCACAACAACCAAAUGAUGUUGGUGCACCAAUGUCUGGUGUUGUUAUCGAGGUUAGAACUCACAAGCACCAAGAAGUUAAGAAGGGUGAUCCAAUUGCCGUGCUCUCUGCAAUGAAGAUGGAAAUGAUCAUUAGUGCACCAGUUUCUGGUGUUGUUGGCGAUAUCUUGGUCAAGGAAGGUGAUUCUGUUGAUGCAAAUGAUUUGAUCACCAGUAUUUUGAAACAUUGA